AUGAAAGUCACGAGCAUCCAGUUCGAGAGCUGGAGCAGAGAGAUUCAGAGCAAGUAUUUCCAGCCUCACAGGCCCAAAACCCCCCAAUUCCUGGCGGCUCUAAUGGGUCGGUCCGGAUUUGGCAAACACAGGAGCUCCCCCCUACGGUGUGGUCGAGUGGUACAAUCCAGCUCUAAAGGUGGGGACUGGUCUCAGCCUGUAGACAUCAACGCUCAGGCUCGUAAGCUCCAGAGGAACAGGGCGAAGGGGACGCUGACACUGCCCCGAUCCAGCAACUCAUCCCUCUGCCGCAGCCUCAGUGAAACCAGCCUCAACCAGCUGGGAGUCGGAGAUGAGCCCAAACGUUAUUACUCUACUCUGCCCGGGCCCUUAAGAGGCCGAGAACGUGAGGUGGCCUCCAGCGGCCGGAGGAAAGAGGAGGGGAAUCAGGGGGGAGGAGGGGUGAGGCACUCUCUCUACCAGUCGCCACAUCUCCUCCUGCUGCAGGGAUACAAUCGCCAGGACUGUCUGGUGUACCUGCUGAACAGAGAGCAGCACACGGUCGGCCAGGAGACUCCAUCAGCUCGCCCCAACAUCUGCCUGUUCUCUCCUGACAUCCUGCCUCUCCACUGCCGCUUGCGCAGAGUCCCUGCACCCCGUCGCCAUGCCAACAACAACAAGGGUGAUGAGCUGGCGGAGAACCAGCGCUCCUGUGUUGCCGUUGAGCCUGUCCUCCACGCCACCGUCCUGGUGAACUUUUCCCGCUGCGAGCGUUCCACCACGCUGCGACACGGUGACCUCCUCUCAUUCGGAUCGCAUUACAUCUUCCUGUACAAGGACCCUACGGGCGCUAAGCCUCUGCCUGCUCAGACCUUGGCACGGCUUCGCACCCUGGGACAGCUUUACGAUGCAGGCAUGGAGGAGGGAGAGGGUGGGGCCCAGACUUGUAAGAUGUGUGGUUCUGUGCUGAAGGACAGAGCAGCGAAUGUGUCGAGCACUCCGGCGGUCAGACGCAGCUUCAAGCCUCACCUGGUGAAACCCCGCAGCGUGGGGACAACAGCAGGAGGACCCCCCCUUAGUUUGUCCGGAGUGGAAGGAGGCGGAGGAGGAGGUGGAGGAGGAGGAGGAGGAGGAGGAGGAAGAGGUCAGAAAAGGAGGCUACAACUGGAGUUUGACCAGACUCAUGAAGACCAGCUGUUGAGCAGGAUCGUGUCUCUCAUCGAACCUGGAGGAGACGACCACAAGCUGACGCCAGCCUACCUGCUGUGUCUGUGCAUACAACACUCUGCCUCAACCUUCCCUCCCGGCAGUUUGUUGGACUGUAAUCCAUUCCCGGUCGACAGCUCUGAGCCGUGCUGGAAAGGAGGUGUAGGGUUUCCUGAACCUAUACGCAGGGUCUUGCAGGUGUUUCAGAAUGCCCAGGAGCUUUUGUAUGGUUAUGAGGUCCACCCAGAGAUCCAGGCUCAGAUGUUCGCUUACCUCUUCUUCUUCUCCAACGUGUCUCUGUUUAACCAGCUGAUGGACAAAGGUCCAUCUCGGGGUUGGUUCCAGCGCUCCAAGGUGCUGCAGAUUCAGGCGUGUUUGCGAAUGGUCAUGGAGUGGGCGAGCAGAUCCAGUCUGGGACAUCUGGCCGACAAAUUCUUCACAAAACUCAACAGCACGGUGUCCAUACUGGCCACAUCCCCGCAACAGCUCAAACAGCUGAGUUGGAGAGCGUUGUCCAGCGAGCACCCGUCUCUGAAACCAGUGCAGCUGCACAGGAUUCUCACUCAGUACCAGCUCACAGCAGAGAUCGGCCCUGUCCCAAUAUGGCAGCCCAGCAGUGAGGACGAGGCGUACAUUUACAGAACAGUGGACCUCCUGGAGAGCUUUGAGAACCACCCCCCCAUCGUGUUGCCCAGCGCCGGCUUCAGAGUGGACUUGGACAGCGAGUGUGUGGAAGACAGCAUCUACAGACAGCUGCUCUACGUCCGCCACUACCUGUGGGGGCUACGCACCAAGACGCAGCCACACGCCAACACUCCAGGCGUGCACACGCAUUCAAACGGAACCAACACGGCCGACUGGCCGGACGUUCAGAGGGAGCUGUUGCCUUCCACCCACAACAGCCCCCGCUCUGGAGGUCCAGGGGACGAGGCGAUGGCGGAGACAGGAGAGGAGAGAGGACGGGACAGACCCUCAGGCCAAACACACACACACAGCCUCAGAAGGAACGGGACUAUUCACCACCCACGGACCGCAAAUCCUGACCCGUCCUGCCUCUUGACCCCUCCUAACACCCCGCUGUACCCUGAUGGAGGAGGGGGAGGGGUCCUCGGGCCAAUCCUAGGCCCCAGCACUCAGACUAACGGCUGCGGCAGAACAGUGGCAGAAUGCAAGAAGACCAACGGGCUCAUCACCAACGGACUCGAGGGGUGUAUUAGUGGGUGUGAGUUUCCCUUCCCUGUAUCCUCCCCUGGCGUCCCUCCCCUUCCUGAUGACUUGUGUGUGGUGUUUGUAGUGGAACUGGACAAGGGACCGUACGGACUGGGCAUGGGACUCAUAGACGGCCUGCACACUCCUCUCAACGCUCCAGGCAUCUACAUCCGGACUCUGAUCCCCGACGGACCGGCUGCCUCCGACGGACGUCUGAGGAUCGGAGACCGCAUCCUGGCAGUGAACGGGACCAGUCUGAUAGGAGCAGACUACCAGAGCGCGGUGGAUCUGAUUCGUCUGGGAGGAGGCCGACUACGCUUCCUGGUCGCCAAGUCUGACCCCGAGGUUUCCGAGAAGAUCAGUGCCUCCUCCUGCUGACCGCCUCCGCCGCCCAGCUAAGAAACGCACGCUCUCCACAGGUAGGACAGUGAGGGGUGCAGAUGCGUGUGCCGACGAACACGGUGCACACAUACGCACCCCGAGUGCGUGCAAACGCCGCAUGAAGUAUAAAUGCAAAACCUCUAGUCAGCACAAAGCCAAUCAAAGUAGAGGUAACAGCUGCCAGACCUGCCCUCACCACACUGACUCCUCCAGGGCCUCGGUGACAGACAGAGCCUGUAACCCACCGUGACGUCACACUAACCUGCUGCGAGGGAAGUUUUCCUCAUUAAUCGGCGCGUGAGGUGGGCGGGGUCUAACGAGCCAGUCAGAAGUCCGAUGUGGUUUAAAAGCACAGUCGACUGAAGGGUUUGUAAGUUCAGUCCGCCCUCGGAGCAUGUGUGCACACUGGACUCCC